AUGAUUGAAAUCAUCAGCAGCAAGGUUGUGUCUACUGGUACAUCUAAGUAUUUCAGUUCGUACAUCGAAAGUUGCUUACAAACUCACAUCAAAUUAUUCCCGGGUAAAAUGAUAUCGAAACAUCAUUUUCUUAUACAUUACCCGAGAAUCUUUGAAGAAGUUGGGGUCAUUUCACAAUUUCCUGUAUACGGAAUGAAGCGAAACAUCAGGAACACAAAAUAUCGGCUAGUAGUUCAAAAAAUCGAAUAA